AAGUCUUAUGAGAGGCAAGACACAAUCACAUUAACAAGGCGGUGGUCACCGUCAGAACUCGAUUCUCCAACCGCUCUAUCGUCAUUACAAAACACAUACACACACAAACACAUCUCUGUCUAUAUCUCUAUCAAUCCCUUUCAAACACACCAGAACAACAAGCAUGUCAUCUUCCCAAAAGCCAAACCGACCCGAAGCGAUCACAAUCCAACCGGCCUCCCCGCGCUUCCCCCAGCCCUCCACACCCACCUCCAACGCCCAGCGCAAAAUCGCCAUCGCCGUCGACCUCAGCGACGAGAGCGCCUACGCCGUCAAAUGGGCCGUCCAGAACUACCUCCGCCGCGGCGACGCCGUCAUCCUCCUCCACGUCAGCCCCACCUCCAUCCUCUACGGCGCUGACUGGGGCUCCGGCGACAUCACCGUCCCCGACGAUCCCUCCGAGGAGUCCCAGCAGAAGCUCGAAGAGGAUUUCGAUAACUUGACCAACAUCAAGUCCAAUCACGUGGCGCAGCCCCUGGUGGAGGCGCACGUGCCGUUCAAGAUACAUAUUGUCAAGGAUCAUGAUAUGAAGGAGCGCCUCUGUUUGGAGAUUGAGAGGCUAGGGUUGAGUGCUGUUAUUAUGGGGAGUAGGGGUGUGGGAGCGUCCGGAAGGAAUGCCAAAGGGAGGCUGGGGAGUGUCAGUGAUUACUGUGUGCACCAUUGUGUGUGUCCUGUGGUGGUUGUUAGGUAUCCUGGUGCUGAGAACAACGGCAGCAAGCCUGGGAAGGUUGAUCCUGUGCCUGAGGAGAUCAAGCCCGGUGAUCGCGAUGCAUCGGAUAAAUAAACAGAUUUGGACAAGUGCUGGAAAUUCAGGCCCGCGACACCAGUAAUGGGAAUUAUUGAAGAUGUUGCAAAGCGUGUAGUGAUCCUCUGCUGUGACCUUGUGCAAUCUGAUAAAUAAAGUGCAGUGGGGUUGAGCUCUCUUCUUUUUAUCGCUUCGUUUUACCUCUCACAUGUUGCACUGUAUCUGAAACUCUUUGUACUUGUGCUUUAUGAAAGAGUAGAAGAGUUUAAUUAGGUCCGUGUCAUCUUCGUGAUUGAAGUGGAAAUAAUUGUGAUGGUUUUGCCA